AUGAUUUGUAGCUUAAUUAACUCCCAUUAAAGUGAAUACUUUAGACGAGACAACAAGUAGAGUAACAAUUAACUUUCAAACAACUGAAACAUGUCAACAAUUAAAAAGUUGGUUAUUUUUGGUGCUACCGGAAACACUGGAUUAGCAACAGUAUCCAAAGCAAUUGAACAAGGUUUUGAAGUUACCGCUUUUGUCCGAGACUCAAGUAAACUACCAAGUGACCUUAAGGUUAAUUCAACUGUUAUCGGUGAUGUGACCAAUGGUGAAGAUGUCGAUAAGGCCGUUGAAGGUCAAGAUGCUGUGAUCAUUGUCUUAGGAACUCGAACUGACCUUGGACCAACAACCGUUAUGUCCGAUGGAGCUCGAAACAUUGUCGCUUCAAUGAAAAAGUUUGGAGUCAAACGGAUCUCUGUUUGUAUCUCAGCUUUCCUCUUCUGGGAGCCUGAAAAAAUCCCACCACCAGUGAUGAAUAUUCACCAAGAUCAUUUGAGAAUGGAAAAAGUGAUUAAAGAAUCAGAAUUAGAUUGGAUUAUAUUGUGUCCACCUCAUAUUGACAAUGGUGAUGGUAAAGGUAACUACAAAUUGGUCAAGGAAUCAGGAGUUGGACCUAAAAUAUCAAAACACGAUUUAGGUGAUUCAUUAAUUAAAGUUUUGCUCACUGAUGAAUAUCUUAACUCACGGAUUGGAUUGGGAUAUUAGUUAAUCAUUUCAUGUGAUCAUUGAUUGUUACCUAAUCAAAACUGUCAUCGUCAUUUGAUUUGGCCAAUCAAACGGUUCUUAAUUGUCAACUUUCCUAAGAUUUCAAUUGAAAUAAACGUUGAAUAAUCUCAA